AAAAAAUAAAAUAAUAAUAAUAAUGAAAAUAUUUCUGACAGGGUUUUACCCCCACAGUUCCAUCUGAUCCGUUGUGGGUGUAUUUGAGGUGGUUAACUGCGUUCUGCUGUAAAGCUCAAGGUAAGAGUUCUGCUGUCUUCGUUCCUCCAUGUGUUUAAUUCAUCUCAGCAAGAACAUCAAGAGAUCCAGCUAUGAUGAAUCCAGAAGAGAUUAAAUGUGAGAAUUUGGAACGCAUAGAGAUCUCCAGUACUCACCAAAUAUCAUCAGGAACAUCAGCUAUGGUGAAGUCAGAGGAGACUAAAUUAGAAAUUCCCGGACCCAAAGAGUGCUUGAGCAGUCCCCAAAGUUCAUAUGGAAAUCCAGCUUUGAUGAAAUCAGAAGAGAUAAUAUUAGAAGUUCCGAUGCCUAUAGAGAGCUCCAGUCCCCAAAGUUUAUUUGGUACUUUCCACACUAACACCUCUCACAGACUCAGUGGGGAAAGUUUAAGUGAAUCAAGAAAUCUUAAAAACCAACAGCAAUUUCACACAAGACAAAAUUUAUAUCAAUGCCCAGAAUGUGGAAUGAGUGAUGAUGUACAACAACACCAGUAUAUUCAUAGAGGAGAAAAGUCACACCAGUGCUUACAGUGUGGGAAGAAUUUUAUCUUAAAGGUUAAUCUUAACAAACCCCAGCUUGUUCACACAGAUCAUUGCUCAGAUUGUGACAUGAGUUUUACACAAAGGUUUACUCUCCAAAUGCCGUACCAGUGCUCAGGGUGUGGCAAGAAUUUUAAUAGCCAGAGAUACCUCCAAAACCAGCAGUCCAGCCACACAGGAGAAAAAUCAUAUCAGUGUUUGGAAUGUGAGAAAACUUUCAAUCGACUCCAGUUACACCAAUGUAUUCACACUGGAGAGAAACCCUAUAACUGCUCAGAGUGUGGGAAGAGCUUUAGUACUCUAACCAAGCUCAAACGACACCAGCUUCUUCACACAGGAGAGAAGCCGUAUCAGUGCACAGACUGUGGGAGGGGUUUUAUGAAAAAUGCUAAACUGAAACGACACCAGCUUCUUCACACAGGAGAGAAGCCGUAUCAGUGCUCACACUGUGGGAAGAGUUUUACGGAGAAUGCUAAACUCAAACGACACCAGCUUCUUCACACAGGAGAGAAGCCAUAUCAGUGCACAUUUUGUGGGAAGAGAUUUAGGGAGAAUGCUAAACUCAAAGAACACCAGCGAAUUCACACAGGAGAGAAACCGUACCAGUGCUCAGAUUGUGGCAAGCGUUUCCUUACAAAUACUCAACUUAAAGACCACCAGCACGUUCACACAGGACACAAGCCGCAUCAGUGCUUACACUGUGGAAAGAGUUUUGUUACAAGCAGUAUUCUCAAAACACAUCAGCGCUCUCAUACAGGAGAGAAGCCAUAUAAGUGCUCACAGUGUGGGAAAGGUUUUGCUAUGAAACAUAGUCUCUCAAUACACCAGCGCAUUCACACAGGAGAGAAGCCAUACCAGUGCUUGCAGUGUGGGAAGAGUUUUACUACUAGUAGUGUUCUCAUAAGACACCAGCGCAUUCACACAGGAGAGAAGCCAUAUCAGUGCUUGCAGUGUAGUAUGAGUUUUACUAUGAAAAGUGAUCUGACAAAUCAUCAGCGAAUUCACACAGGAGAGAGACCGUACCAGUGUGCAGAAUGUGGAAUGACGUUUAAUCGAAAGACCAUACUCCAAACACACCAACGUGUUCACACUGGGGAAAAACCCUAUUACUGCUCAGUGUGUGUGAAGUGUUUUAGUAAAUUAAGCAGCCUCAAGCAGCACCAGCUUCUUCACACUGGAGAGAAGCCAUAUCAGUGCUUAGACUGUGGGAAGGGUUUUACCCGAAAGGAUAGAUUCCAGAGUCACCAGUGCAUUCACACUGGCAGCAGUGUAUCACCAUGCUGAGUGUGGCAAGGGUUUUAGGACAUAAAGAUCUUUUUUAGGGCUUAUUCACACAAUUAAAAAUAAAGAAGCACUACCCGUAUAUACCCUCUGUUCUAAUGCUAGCAGGAUUUAAUCCCAAAUGCUUAUUUUUACCACUUCAGAUAAAAAAAAAAUCACUUAUGGUCAUGCAAUUAAUAAUAAUAAUAAUAAUAAUAAUACAUUUUUCAUCACAUGUACCUUAAAGAACAGUGAAAUAGUUUUUUCACAUAUCUCAGUUAGGAAGCUGGGGUCAGCCAGGAUAUAGCGUUCCGUAGAGCUGAUGGAGGUAA